AUUGUAUAUACAGCCUAUUAUACAUCUUGUUUGAGGAAUAGUUUUGUCUAAUAGCUGAGGCUCACUUGAAGCGUGAGCUGAAUUGUUAUAAAAAAUUCCAAAGACUCUAUAUUUCAUUUACCAAUACUGUAAUAUGGCGACUCCAAGUCGUGCCAGGGUUUACCCUGAAGUGAACACACAUCGACCGCGAGACUAUUGGGAUUAUGAAUCUCACGUUGUCGACUGGGGACGCAGCCAAGAUGAUUAUCAACUCAUACGAAAGCUCGGCCGAGGAAAAUACAGUGAAGUCUUUGAAGCAAUCAAUAUCACAAAUAACGACAAAGUUGUUGUCAAAAUAUUAAAACCUGUCAAAAAGAAAAAGAUCAAACGAGAAAUUAAAAUUUUGCAAAAUCUCAGAGGAGGGCCGAAUGUUAUUACACUGCUUGAUAUCGUAAAGGAUCCUGUUUCCCGAACACCGGCUCUAGUAUUUGAACAUGUGAACAAUAUAGACUUUAAACAAUUGUAUCAAACGCUAACAGAUUACGACAUUCGAUACUAUAUGUUUGAAAUUUUGAAGGCUCUCGAUUUCUGCCACAGUAUGGGGAUAAUGCACAGAGAUGUGAAACCCCACAAUGUCAUGAUAGAUCACGAGAGUCGAAAGUUACGACUCAUCGACUGGGGUUUGGCGGAAUUCUACCAUCCUAGCCAAGAGUAUAAUGUCCGUGUUGCGUCGAGAUAUUUCAAAGGCCCUGAAUUACUGGUUGAUUACCAAUAUUAUGAUUAUUCGCUCGAUAUGUGGAGUUUAGGCUGCAUGCUGGCUUCUAUGAUUUUCCGAAAAGAGCCUUUCUUUCAUGGCCACGAUAAUUACGACCAAUUGGUACGAAUAGCUAAGGUUCUCGGUACUGAAGACCUCUUCGAUUACAUCGAAAAAUACAACAUUGAAUUGGAUCCACGUUUCAAUGAUAUUCUUGGCCGUCAUUCAAGGAAACGAUGGGAACGCUUUAUCCAUACUGACAACCAACACUUGGUGAGCCCAGAAGCCCUUGAUUUCCUCGACAAUUUGCUACGAUAUGAUCAUCAGACGCGGCUGACAGCACAAGAAGCGAUGGAUCAUCCUUAUUUUUUCCCAGUAGUGAAAGUACAGCAGUCUGGGAUAGCUGCGAAUCCAUCUCAAAUAAAGCAAGAGGUCAUAGGUGGAAUAUCUAACUCAUCUACCAUGCAAGGUAAACCUCAUUCAGUGUCUGGUCAGUCUCACUCGCAGAGCAGCGUAGCACAACAGUGAAAAUUGUAUAAAUGAACAUUUUUUGGACAUCACAGUAUGAAGGUUUUGCUCAAAUAGCAAGAACUCUAACGGAUAUUUGUGAGAUUCUCGUUUGAAUUUUUUGAACGAUAAAAGCUGGUAUGUUCUACUUGUAUUGCCUUGGAUUAUUUGCUUAUUUUUUGUCAGACUUUGCAGUUCAUUUUUGCUUAUUUUGAAGCCUUAUUCUUAAACAUACAUAAACUGUUUAAAUUUGAAUUGACUUGUCUACAUGGUGUUUUCGUAUGCUACACUUAUUUACACCUUUCGCUCUACACUAGGCACUAUACGAACAAACGCUGAUAUCUAAUGAACUAUUAUUUUUGGACAGGACAUUCUGGCCUUUUUAUCCAAUUUAUUACACCCCUGGUGAGGGGAUUCCAUUUGUUGCUGUUAUUUACAAUUACUUUGCAAUUCAAAGUUUUAGAUAGAAAAGUUUGCUACACGGGACAGAAUCAUUGUCAGUGUGACAAAUUCUUGCUUUUUUUUGGGUGAAUUACUUAUUUCGGUACUCCUGGAGUAUGUGUAUCAAGAUGUCGCACAACCUGAACCCUAACUGUGUACACAACCUGAGUUCAGGUUGUGCGCCAUCUUGGUGCGCAUACUUCAGGAGGUCCCUUUUUCCUGCUCAGGACAGGCAGUGCACAAAUGACCUCUGAUAUUAAUGGAGCUAUAAUAUGUUUGUAGGUUCAGAAUCUUCUCUUUUUUGGCUUUUUAGGCUAAUUUAGUACACCCUAGGUCAGUGGUUCCUAAACUUUUUAAUAUCGUUACACCCAAAUUGAAUUACCAAAAGCUCAAUAAAUAAUAAAAAAACAGUAGUCAUAUUGUUAUGGAUUUUUUCUAGAUAAAAAAUGGUGAUAUUACUAACAACUAUAACAUUUUCUGAUCAGACUUUAAGAUGCUAAAAUUGCUCUAGCUCGGAUUUUAGCAUACAAUCUGUACAGCGAAGUAUUGCUAUCAUCUUCCCAUUAACCGUGGGACAUAUGACUAGGCUCAUUGACUAGAUGUGGGCAUUGCAUGUUCAGCUUUUCUGUCGAAAUUACAGGGAUUACAAAUGAAAAGUUUGGCAACCACUGUCAUAGGUAGUAGUGGGCAUAAAGUUGCACAUGGAUUGUAUUUAGCCAUUUAUUUAUCCCUGUAAGUUUCAACUUCACACUAGUUAAGGCAUUUUCUUAUUGAUUUCUUGCUGAUAAUAAACUUUUGAGGUUUUUUAAAAAGCUGUUGAGUGGCUUUUAAACGCUCCGUGGUGGUGUAUUUGAAACAGGGUACAAUAAACUUUUUUUUAUGUCAAUCAAAAUGUAUUCAAAUUUUCAAGUGUAUUAAAAUUUAGUAAAAUAAGUUUAAUGGUUUCUACUUUCAACUUGAAUUUGAUUUGAAACAUUGGAUACCAGUAGUUUUAAUUUCUUGUUAACUGAAGUAUCUGAUUUUUUUUUACGAACUAGUUGAUGUGCAAUGAAAUUGGCCUAAUAUAACCAAAUUUAAAACAUCAAGUCCAUACUUCCGAAAAACAAAUACUGUAACUGGCAACCCAAUCCAACCCAAUCAAAAUUAUCUUGUCUCUGUUUUGUAUAAAUUUCUUGUCAUUGCCAGUUUUGAAUUUGAACACUAUUGCAAACUUUGUGCCAUGAACAUUCGAUAAUUGGGUAAAAUAUAAGUUUAAUACACUUUUUUUUAAAAGUACAUUGCUAUUGGAAACACCUUUUUUUAACAAUGAUUUGAAAUAUCGACAUCAGUUUGACUUGAAUUCUGACCCUUGUAUUGUCUGUAUUUAUCUUUACUUUGGAGGGAAAGGAGUUUUGGUAAAAUUCAAUGUCUAGGCUGACUCCCAAAAAAAGAAUCCAGUCCAUUUGGAGCAUAUUGCUGAGAGAACAUAACUUUUGUGUUGAGCAUCCUAGAUCACUAAAACUCCUAAGUACAAUCAUACACAAUUAGGAAUUGAAGUGUUAAAUGAAUGUUCUUUGGAUACCAAAGUCAGCGAAACUUUUAUUAAAACUUUUGUUUUUCCAGUCCUGGUUGUAUCCUUUGUCUCUUUACCUAUUAUAACCAGGUUCUGUGACACUAAGUGAGUCAAUGUAAGAUUGGCUCAAGUAUACAAAAUUAAGGUGAAAUCUUUGGGAAAGCUUAGCAGUAUAUAAUGUGAUUAAAAAUGAAUUGAAUUUUUUUUCUUUUUUGUAUACUUAAUGUUCCAAUUAUUAAUAUUCUUUUUCAACAUAGCUCUGCUCUCAUAUGUUAUAGGGAGAUCAUAUUAGUAAAAUUUAAUCGACUACAACUCAUAUGAUAUAGGCUAGUCCAUUUAAUUUAUUUUGCCCUGCUAAGUCAGUGCUUUGCAUUGAAAACUACAGGGUGUCCAUUAUUAAGUCCUUUUGUAAUUUCAAUUUUGUUAUGAAGUCAGUACUGAAUAUAUCUUAUUCAGGUUUGUUGUUUUUUAAUCAAUAAUUGUUCAAGCAUUUUUACUUUGUACAAUAAUAUAGCCGGUCAGUUACGGUAGGUAAAAAUAUAGAGGGUGUCCAUAGAUCCUCUUUACAACUUUUUAAUUUUGUUAUGAAGUCAGUUCACAAUGUAUCUUAACUAGGUUUGUUGUUUUUUCAUCAGUAAUUGUUCAAGUAUUUUUACUCCAUUUAAUACAUCUGUGAGGGUCAAAACAAAAUAGGGUAUCGAUAAAUUCCUUUUGCAAUUUAAAAUUUUUUAGGACUUUAUGGACACUCUAUAUAUUAAAUAUGACUUGAACUUGAGUAAUACUAAUGCGCUAAGCAUUAGGCUAUCGUAUCUAAAAUGUCAUUUCUCUUGUGUUAUGUGUGAUGUCAUUUUUAUUGUCUGACAUUUACUGGUUAUAAUGAAUUACACUUGCUAUUGCAGGCAUCAGCCUGUUAUUAUACAUUCGUUACUUAUGUUGCUGUAUUUUAUUCUCCUAAUUAUGGUGAUUGCAUUUAAGUGAAUAAUCGUAUGUGUAAAUAUAAUGUCGGUAACUUAUGUGUAUCGUCUUUGUGGGGAUUGAUGUAGCAAAAUUUGUAUUCGUAUUUGAAGUUAAUGAAAGUUUGUAUGAAUCAAUAAUUUUGAAUUACUCCAAAAUACCUCCAAAAAACAUUGCU